GUCAAUGUUGACAGUUUGUUGUUGAGAGUUGGUGAGCGAAAAAUAAAAAAAAUUGUUGGUGGGGCGGAUAAAAGUUGAGGUUGGAUGAAUAAAAAAGUGAAAUAUUGAAAGAAAAUGAUAAAACAAAUACCAAAGGAAUAAAAAAAUACCAAUAAAUGUGUAAAUAAAAACGUGUAUGAAUCGAUUGUUACAAGUUAUUAAGUGCUACGGGAUUAUAAGACAACAAAUACAACAACCUAUGGUUAUAUGAAUGUGAUUUUCUUGUCACAUAAUCGGCGAAUACGGCCCUUUUAAUAGGUACUUUGGGGCUUAUUGUUUGGAGUCUCCUGGCAAUCGAUCAUCAAAUCAAUCGGUCGUCUGUUUAUUUGGAUUAAAGUUUCAAAGGCAGGGAUUUGUAAAGUUGGAAAUAGUAUUUUUUUUUUUUUUUCUCAAACGUAAAUAAAUAAUAAUAUGGAUCACUCAGAGCACACAAUGGACCAUGGGUCCCACGAUCAUCAUGUUCACGCAAUGCAUGCCGCAGUAACUAAUGCUGUCUUAUCAACAACCACGCCUGCCCCACAUGAUCAUAUGCAUCACAAUCAUGGUGCAGCAGCAACAGCAACAGUGACACCAGACGUUGCAAUGGAUCAUAGCCAGCAUAUGGAUCAUAGUCAACAUAUGAAUCACAUGGGUCACAUGAUGAAUCAUAUGAUGUCUAUGUCGUUCCAUUUUGGUUAUAACGAAACAAUACUUUUCGAUUGGUGGCGCAUAGAUAGUAUUGGCGGUCUGGUUGGCUCCAUGAUUGGUAUUUUCAUUAUUGCCGUCUUAUAUGAAGGGCUAAAAUACUAUCGAGAAUUUUUGUUCUGGAAAACAUAUAAUCUAUUGGAAUAUCGCCCGGUUACUGGUCCACAAGCCAAUCCUGAAUCGGGUCAAAUGCCACCGGCACCGAGUAAUCCGACGCCAGUGCAAUAUGUCGGAGAAGUUAUACACAAACAACCUCCAACAAUGUUCUCUGCAAAUCAUUUCAUCCAAACUGGUCUACAUAUGAUACAAGUCACCGUAUCAUUUCUGUUGAUGUUAAUAUUCAUGACCUACAAUGUGUGGUUGUGUCUGGCCAUUGUGGUGGGAGCAGCCGUUGGCUAUUUCCUUUUCUGUUGGAAGAAAUCGGUUAUUGUCGAUGUCACCGAACAUUGUCACUAGCAAUAUACAAAACAACAUGGAGGAUCAUCUGCGAUUCCUGAUCGGAAGUGUAAAAAAUCAAAGGUGCAGCUGUUGGUAGACAAAACCGUUACAGCAACAAUAUUCCAAGGCAAUGCUGAUGAUGUUGAUGGAGACGUAGAAGGAAGACAAAUAGAACAACAGCUACUGAUUUCCGAAUAAAUGAAGAAAAUGAAACAAACAAACCAUUUACCAAUUGCAUGCAUAUACUUACCAAUAUAUUUAAAAACAGAAGAAAGUAUACUAUGAUAUCAAUACUUCCAUGGAUUCCAAGUAAUCUUAUGCAAAUGU